AUGGGCCGUGGCGCAGCGCACGAGGAAUACCCCGAUGAUGGGCACAUUUUUGUGUGUGUGCGCGUCCGCAACGCGCCCCAGAAUGCGGCCUGCCUAACCCACAACAGCGCUGCCGCGACGAACACGCGCGCCUCCGCCGUCCUGCGGAAGUCGGUGCUGCGCGAGGCGCAACGGAUUUGCGUCUCUGUGGUGGAAAAUGUGGUGGUGAUGCACGACCCCACGUCGAUCGACGACGACGCCACCGUCGCGAAGGACGGGAACAACGUGGUGCAGAUGCUGACCGACCGUGCUCACCGCACCGGUGCUACUCGACACUCUCGUAAAGCGGCUGGCGGUGGCAGCGCUGCUGCCGCCCUGUCACGCACCAGCUCACGUCGGACCGCAGGUGGCAGUCGCGUUACCACUGCUGGUGCCGCGGCCGGCGCUACCCACAUCGUCUCCACCAGCACCGCGAACUACUACGAGUGCGACCAUUGUAUUGUGUCGAUGGAAGAGUCGCAUCUGCUUCAGAUGCCGCUGAUUCGCACGAGUGAUUUUCUUCAGCCGCCGCCGUACGGGACGCAGGAAGAGGUGUACCGGCGCACCGCGAUGCACGCCGUCAAGGCCGCCAUAGACGGCAUCAACUCGUGCGUCUUCGCCUACGGUCAGACGGGCAGUGGCAAGACCUAUACACUUUUUGGCGACACGACGAACAUACGCCGUGACCCCGGCGUCGUACCACGCACUCUGGACGACUUGUUCAGCCGCCUGGAGGCGGUGAAGCAGUCGUACCAGAGCGACAGGGUGAUCGACUACUCGUACCGCGUGCAGCUUUCUUUCUACGAGAUCUACCAGAACGAGGUUUACUGUCUUUUCUCUCGCCGGGGCCCGCUGCAUGUGCAGUUCGUCCGCGAUCCGACGGGGAGGAAGGAGACAAUGAUCAUCCACGACCUGCAGCAGCAGACGGUGACCUCGGCUGAGAAGGCGUACCCGAUGAUCGAGGUGGGUCUGCGCCGGCGGCAGACUGCCGAGACAGGCAUGAACUCACGCAGCAGUCGUAGCCACGCUGUGCUGCAGGUCCGCGUCGCCCAGUAUCGAACCAACUGUGACACACGAGAGACGGUGGAGCAUCAGGCGACAAUCAACCUGGUCGACCUCGCUGGCAGCGAGCGGCAAAAGACGGCAAACACAAGCGGGACGAGCCGUGCGGAGGGCAUUCAGAUUAACCAGUCACUCGCAACGCUGGCACGUGUCAUCAACGACAUAGCGAGCGGGGCCAAGUUUGUAAACUACCGCGACUCGCUGCUGACGAUGGUGCUCAAGGACAACCUCGGCGGCAACAGCAAGACGUUCAUGAUCGCCAACAUCUCUCCCAUCGCCUUUAGCUACCAGGAGUCAUGCGCCACGCUGACGUACGCUAGGGACGUGCGUAAGAUCCGCAACCGACCAAUGGUGAACAAGACCUUCCAAACCCGCGCGAAUCUGCUGGAGCAGAAUAUGACGCUAAAGCAGGAGAACGAGAAGCUGAAGGAGCAGAUGGAGGCGUGGGUGAGGGGCCUGCAGAGCAGCAACCUGCACCCCUCUGCGACAGACGCGAUCGGCUUGUUAUCUGUCCGAGGCGGCGGCAUGGCGGAGGCAAGCGAUCAUCCACUGUUGUCACCGCCACCGUCGAUGUCGCAGACUAUCGCAGCCCAGCAGCGUCGUGCCUCUAACGUGCCGCUGGCCGUGGCCGGGUGCAACGAGGCCUUCCUGUCCACCUCCAGCGCCGGCCUGACGGCGCCGCUGCUCAUCUCUUCCCACCGCAAGUACACGAGCAUUGCGGGGAUUGGAGGAUCGUGCGUCGAGGGCGGCGUCGUGCGCGUCACGGCGCUGGUAAAGGGGACGAUGGAGUUCCCGCUGAGUCGUGUGCUGUACUCGCUGCCGUCAACGACGACGACCGGCGAAAGCUUGUACGCAGCUGGGGAGGAUGGUCAUAACACCCAGAAGCGGCACACCGCCAUCCUAAUGGGUGCCGACGCGAACUCAUCGGAGUGCGCGAGUGGUGGUAACACGUGCCGACCGGAUACUGCAGUGGAGACUACAGCAGCGGUGGCGGAGAAGAUGUUAGACCUAGGGUCACUGGUGUUGGAGCGUGUGGCGCAGCGCUCGUGCGAGCAGCGAUAUUACGUUCACUUCAACCCACCCGCCAGUGUUGAGGGCCUCUCGCGCCUCAUCGAUGUCCAGAUCAACGGCAAGAGCGUAGGGGAGAAGGGUCGGCGUGAGUUGCACCACGGUGACGUAGUGUGCGCCUACCUCGAGGACGGAGCCAAGGCGGAAGCAGCGACGGAGACGGCGGCCAGCGCUUGUCUGCAUGCACAGAGUCUUAUCUCUUUCCACUACGUUGACCUCAACGCACUUUCACGUGGCACGAACACGUCCUCGAACGGCAUGAGCAGUGCUACACUUGGCCAAAUCGCGGUCUCUGUCGACCUUCCGGCGGACAUGGAGAGCCUCACCCUGGAGGACAUCAAACAGCUGCAACGCGACAAUGCAAAGCUGCUGGACAUGGUACGCCAGCAGGCAGAGACGAUCGAUUACCAGUGCGCCCACGCGAGCACAUCAAUGGGGCAGGCGGAGAACUUGGAGGGCAUCUCGCCGAUCGAAACCCCUGGCUCUGUGUCACCAAACCCUCGCUCGUUGGAGCCGAGCGUGUCGACAUCGCUGCCGCCGGAGACGAGCAAGAUCGUCGUUGCUCUCGAGGCCUUCCGCCGCCUAUCCGUCUCCCCAUCCAUCCGCCGUGGCUCCGUCAUGCCAGCUGACCUGGAGACGGACGAGCUGCUGCAGCGUGCGGCAGCGCAGAGCGAGUCAAAGCAGCGCCUCGACAGCGCCGUCCACGAGAACGAGAAGCUGCACCGUACUGUCGUGUCGCGCAACGCCACACUGGAGGCUCUGGCACGACGCCUUGCUGAACUGGAAGCUGGCGGGCCGCUCGAUACGCCAACCACCCCAUCGGCAUCCUCGUCUCCUUCCUCGGUGAGCAUCAGCCCCUCGGCUAAGAGGGAUGACAUGGAUGAGGUUCAGACCGGCAGGUGCGCUGAUGUCGACGAGGUCGGCAACAAUGCAUCGAUGGGUACAGAGAGGGACUGCAGCAGCGUCACGCGCGUGUCCUCACCUUCACAGAUGCGCACCGCCUUUGAGCAGCGUCGGGACGAGGGAGUCGUUGAGGCAGACGAAGAGGAUGGGCUUCAGCUGGAGCCAAUUGGAGACGGCCGGAAGCGCAUCGUUUACGAGAGCACGGAGGGCACACGUGAGCGCUACCAGGCGGUGGUGCGGGAGCGGGAGCAGUUUGAUCGCAUCAUUGAGCUGGAGACUCUUAUGCGUGAGCUGCGCGAGCGAAUCAGCGAACUGGAGAGCCGUUUGCGCUUCUCUAAGGACGAGACUCUGGAGCAGCAGAUGUUUCGCGAGCAGGCUGAGGAUGAGCGCGACGCGCUGCUCGAGGAGCUGGCGAAUACUCGCAGUGAGAAUGCGAUGCUGCGCCGCGAGAACGCCAGUCUCGAAGGCUUUCUCGCCAGGGAUGAGCAGGCACUUGCGGAUGCCGCGCGUCUCGCCGACGAAGAGCUAGAGCGGCAGACUGCCGUGCUGACCGACCGUAUCAAGGCCCUGAAGGCACUGGCCCGCAUGUGGAAGCAGCGCACCAUGAAGUACAUUGCGAUGGGCUACGGUGCCGGCAGCGACGACAAGGGCACUGGCAGCGCCAGAGCCGCGCAUCUCGAAGCGAUUCCAUGGGACGACCUGCGUGCUGCCGAGACGGCGGCAAUCGCGAAGCGGCGUCUCGGCGGGGGUGACGCGGACGCCUGUCCGGCUGAUGUGGCGCACACCAUCGACGACUUUGAGAAGUCUACAACCGAGGAUAACGUGCGUGCGCUCGAGUACGCACUGCUUGACUUCGAGCAAGAGAACCAGCGGCUGCUGGACAGAAUUCGGCACAUCCAGGCGGAGUUGGACGGCUACAAGAGUCUCAUUGGGCGUCUCCGGGCGGAGAAAGCAGAGACGGAGAAGGCCCUGGCAGAUGCGACGGACUCCACCGAGGAGGAGCGUCGUCGCAUGCAGCAGCUUCUGCGCAGCACCAACGCGCAGCUGGAGGAGGCGGAGGAGAACCUUAAGCGGACACAGGGUCGCCUGGAUGACGCGGUGGGCCUGUGCGAGAACAACAAGCGCAAAGCUGUGAGGAACAACGGACUGCUGUUGGCUCAGCAGAAGCGCACCAUCGAGGAGCUGGAGGCCGAGAUCCACCACAUGCGUCGCGACUACGCGGCCAAGGAUGAGGAGCUGACCAACCUGACGCGGUACAUGCAGGACCGCGAUGCGCUCGGCGGUGACGGCGUGGCGCAGAACUGCAAGCUGCACUCUCGCAUCGAGGAGCUCGUGAAGGACUCUAUGGAGGACUACGAGGCACCGAACGGGUACUCGGUGUUCCCGGCAGGCUUUGAGUUUUCGGACGAGAUGGUGUCACUCAUCCGCAUUUGCCUCCGUAUCCUGCUCGACCGACUCAAGAUGGAGCUGUACGUGCUCAACGCGCAGAGUGUGCAUAAAUUUCAGCUCCUGAUCCACGCCGUGAAGGCGCGCACGGAGGCGCACUUCCACACUUUCGUGCAUCAACUUCGCGACGCCGUCUCCCAGAUGGCGGGCCGCACUUUGCGGCCCGGUGGCAAGUGGGGCCUGUCCGAGUCGGACGUCCUCUCAACUCUUGUUGACCACCGCCGCCGCCAGGUUGGCGAUGCGCUGAGCGGCUUGCUGAUCUGGUAUGACCACUGGGACAGCGCCCCAAAGACGGAGCAUGUCGCCUACAUGGAGCUGAUCCGAAACGCCGAUCGCAUCAUGCAGAUGGCCCGCAUCGUGCGUCGUGAGAGCCUCCUGAACACGAACGCGACGUCCACCUCGCUGAUGCCGAUCCCCGGCAAGAAUGGCGCAAGCGACAUAUCGUUCAUCUCUGAGUCGGCACGCCGCAAUGAUAAGACUGUGAAGGGAAGCUGCAAAAUUCUUUCUCGCCUUGCAUCGUUCACCCGCCAGGGCAACCUGGCGCGUGCCGUGAACCAGUUCUCUGCGACCCCUUCGCGAGCCACGAUCGCCGGUCGCGAGGGCGUCGUCGGCACCACGCCGUGCCCGGUGGAGGAAGGCACCACUCCGUUCAGCCGCAGCGCCACGGUAACGGCGCUGGCACUCUCGCAAAGCAUGAUCCCUUUUAGCAGAACAGGUACUGGCACGCGCAUCAACGGGCACCAGCCGCCACCAGCUGCGAACCCGGAGAGCUGCUCGCUCUUCAGCCGUUGUCCUUCGGGGCUACCACGGCCGCUCGCCGCGACAGUAGCGGUUGCCAACCUCUCGCCGCAGUCGUGCCUGUCCACGGCCACACCUGCGCGGCCCACAAAGCCGGCCGCGAGCGGCGUCGCGGGGACGCCUGCGGCCACGCUGACAACCGGUACGACACCCGCUGCUCCGACGGCGGCUGCGCGCGCCAACUACUCGCGCAUGGCCUCCGCUGGCGUGCUGCCGGUGUCGGAGGCGGAUGUGAAUUACGUGGCGAACACCGAUGUGGCAGAGGCUGUAUCCAUCAGCACCUAUAACUUCUCCCGCCGCAUGAGCCUGGCGGCAACAAUGGGGGCCGGUGAAGGCACCAUUGCCGACAAGGGUGAGCCAGUGCGUCGUCCGAGCCGCCUCUUCUCUCAAUCCCAGAAGUCGAUCUUCCAGCAGCGGGACUCCUCGCAGCAUCAGCAACAGCCACUGCGCCGCCUGGUCUCUGCUACACCGGCUCUCUCCAAGUCCCGCGUCAACGCUGGUGCGACUGGAACUCGCGUGCAGGCGAGCCGUGUUAAGGCAACAGAGGCGUUUGCGAGGUCGAAGACACACUACUCAGUGCUGAAGCCAACCGAAAUGGUGGGCCGACUGAGCCGCCGCAACUCCGGCGCUUGUGUCAGCUCCAAAACUAGCACUCAUACGGCCGGCAGCUUAGGCGGGGGCUCGCCGCAUGCACGGCCGUCCUCGUCGCAGCACAAUGCGUCACGGCUCUCUGCCUUCUACAGUACACCCGCAGCUGUACAGAUGCGCGGGUCCGGGAACGGCCCUGUAAGCAUGCUGAGCAGCAACGCCGCCGCGAAGCCGUCUUCGGGGGAGGUCUCCUUCUACAACCCGGACGUCAUGAAGUCACUGCGGGAGCGAAGCACAAACGACGUGAACAGCGCGGCACGGGCGAGCAGUGAACCUCGUGCGGUUUCCAAGAAGGCAAGUCUCACGGGCAGUAGUAGCGUACACUUGAAGAAGAGCAAGGCGCACGCAGCGACAUCGCUGUCUGCAUUCCAAAAGGCGCUGACCGGUGCACGCGUGAGCGCUGGACACGAUACCACCGUCGUGAGCUCAGCACCUGUGAUACCGAAGCUCAACUUUGAGGCACUGGAGGAGAAGCCCUGA